AUGUCCAUCAACGGCCUGCCCCUCACCGACCCGGCCGCCUACGCCCGCCUCCUCGACGACCACUACCACGAGGCGCCCCUCCCCGGCGUGCCGGACCCCAAGGCCGCCUCGUCGUCGGCCGCCUCGACGACGCCCCUCGUGCGCCUCGAGCUCGAGUCGUUCGACGCCCACGUCAUCAACGCCGACUACGUCGUCGCCGCGCCCCCCGGCAUCGCCGACACGCCCGACAAGACGGGCGCCAAAUGCAGCGUCCUCGUCCAGGUUACGGGCCGGCUCUACUACGGACGCGGCCGCGAGGCGCCCGCCAAGACCUUCAACGAGGUGUUUGUGCUCGUGCCCAACUGGGACACCUUUGGCCGGAACGCGCCCAAGGGCGCCCGCCGGUGGCUCAUUUCGAGCCAGAACUUUCGCUCUCUGUAG